GGCCCCUGGUGGCUGGAGGUUGGCAGACCAGGCUGGGACUCUGCCUGCAGUGGCCUCCUCUCCUCCAGCCUCCGCCAGCACCAUGAGUGGCCGAGUGGGUGACCUGAGCCCCAAGCAGGCAGAAACCUUAGCCAAGUUCCGAGAAAAUGUCCAGGACGUGUUGCCUGCCUUGCCCAACCCCGAUGAUUACUUCCUUCUGCGAUGGCUUCGAGCUCGAAGUUUUGACCUGCAGAAGUCAGAGGCCAUGCUGCGCAAGUACAUGGAGUUCCGGAAGACCAUGGACAUCGACCACAUCCUGGACUGGCAGCCCCCGGAGGUGAUCCAGAAGUACAUGCCUGGGGGGCUGUGUGGCUAUGACCGUGAUGGCUGCCCAGUGUGGUAUGAUAUCAUCGGGCCCCUCGAUCCCAAGGGACUCCUCUUCUCAGUCACCAAACAAGAUCUGCUCAAGACCAAGAUGAGGGACUGCGAGCGCAUCCUACAUGAGUGUGACCUGCAGACAGAGCGGCUGGGGAGGAAGAUUGAGACCAUUGUGAUGAUAUUUGACUGUGAGGGUCUGGGACUGAAGCACUUCUGGAAGCCCCUGGUAGAAGUGUAUCAGGAGUUCUUUGGCCUCCUUGAAGAGAAUUACCCAGAGACCCUGAAGUUCAUGCUCAUCGUGAAAGCUACAAAACUGUUCCCUGUGGGCUACAACCUCAUGAAACCCUUCCUGAGUGAGGAGACACGCAGGAAAAUCGUGGUGUUGGGAAGUAACUGGAAGGAAGGUCUGCUGAAACUCAUCAGUCCUGAGGAACUGCCUGCUCAUUUUGGAGGGACCCUAACAGACCCUGAUGGGAACCCCAAAUGUUUAACCAAGAUCAACUACGGUGGGGAGAUCCCCAAAUCCAUGUACGUGCGGGACCAGGUGAAGGCUCAGUAUGAACACUCAGUACAGAUCAGCCGAGGCUCCUCACACCAGGUGGAGUAUGAGAUCCUGUUUCCAGGCUGCGUGCUCAGGUGGCAGUUCGCCUCUGAUGGUGGAGACAUUGGCUUUGGAGUCUUUCUGAAGACCAAGGUGGGGGAGCGACAGCGUGCAGGGGAGAUGACGGAGGUGCUGGCCAACCAGCGUUACAAUGCCCACAUGGUACCUGAGGAUGGGAGCCUCACCUGCAGCGAGGCUGGCAUGUAUGUCCUGCGCUUCGACAACACCUACAGCUUCGUCCAUGCCAAGAAGGUCAGCUUCACAGUGGAGGUGCUGCUCCCAGAUGAGGGCAUGCAGAAGUACGACAAGGAGCUCACCCCCAUCUAGGGGACCCUUCGCUCUUCACAGAACCCUGACUCUCUCUUCUCUCUCUAUGGAUAAUGCUGCUUCUCUCCUCAAAAUCAAUCAUUCAUCCUCCUGACCCUGGGACAUUAGUGAGUAAGGAACGCCUGCCAGCUGCAAGGGUUGGAUCAGGACGCAGGCUUUUGGAAUACCAAGACUGUGAAAGAGAAACAAGGAUCUCAUAGGUGACCUGGAAACCCAAGAAACAGGAAAAAAAAUCCCCAGGCCCUUCUCUCCACCCCUCCUGAU